GAUACAUGAAAGGAAAGUUUAUCCAGUGCUGGCCAUAUGACUUCCUGCACGUGUAUCACCACGCCUCCAUGUUCAACAUCUGGUGGAGUGUUCUCAACUGGAUCCCCUGUGGACAGAGUUUCUUUGGGCCAACUCUGAACAGUUUCAUCCAUGUGUGUAUGUACUCCUAUUACGGCCUGUCCACAACACCCUCCAUGCAGAAAUAGCUCUGGUAGAAGCACUACCUGACUCAGGCUCAGCUGGUCCAGCUUCUACUGUCCAUCAUACACACCCUGGGUGCAGUCAUCGUCCCCUGUGGUUUUCCCAUCAGACGCCUGCUCAUCCAGGUCUCCUACAUGGCCACCCUCGUCAUCCUCUUUGUCAACGUCUACAUUCAGACCUACAGAAAAAGACGUCCCAGCGAAGACGAUAAGCUUACUUUUGAGCAGAGCCACAUCAAGUCCAGUCAUCCAAAUGGCCACUCCGCCUCGACCAAUGGCACCAGCCUCAAGAAAAGGCAGUAG